AUGUCGAGCCAGCCAAACCGCAACGGCGAAGGAAGCAGCGCCGGUGCCAGCGCAGAGCGGACGCUAGACGAUACAAUGAGGGCGCCCACAAGUACGACGCCAGAUGUCGUUGUUCUCGAGCACGCGCACAAUGAAAAGAAGGCAAAAGAUGCACCGAACUUGCGCGAGGACUUCUGGCUGUCGUCUUCGGAUGGGCGCUAUAAUUCACCCAUCAUUCCGCUUCGGGUCGGCCAGGCGCCCGACAUUGCGAUAUUCCAUGUCCACAAAGACGUCUUGCUCACGAGCGAGUAUUUCAGGAAGGCAUUGUGUGGAAGCUUCCGAGAAGCUGACGCACAGUCGAUGGAUCUUCCCGAAGAAGACCCUGCCAUCUUUCAUUUCGUCGUCGCGUUCCUGUAUCAGCAAACCUUCGUGCCCAUCCAAGCUGUCGCUUCGGUGUUGCGAUCAGAGACAGGAGGGGGUAAGGAGAGAGAUGAUGGGGUCCGUGGGUUUGAGGAGCUCUCGAGCUCAUCUGAUUCGGAAGAAAGCGCUGCUAGUGAGAACAGUGCCGCUCGAAGCCGUCGUCUGGCGCAGCGACGACAACGCCGGCAAGAGAGGCAGUGGGAACACGCACAGCAGAAGCACCCCGAAACACAUCGCCCAGGCUGUCGAUGUCCCCGGUGCAUCACCCCAGCAGGACCGCCAUGCUGGAACUGUGGUGUCAGUCGUGCGCGCCCUAUGCCCCCUCAUAUGAUGCCGCCUCCGCCACCGAUGAUGCCCGGCCCUCCCGUACCCCAGCCACACCGACGCCGCCGACGGAACCGUCAUCUCAUCCCUACACCUCCAGGCUCGACUCCUCAUGCGGCAAACGCUGACGGCCCUGCCCGAGGAGGCGCUCGGCGCGGUUCCAACCCUGCAGCUGCAGCAGCUGGCGAUAGCAUUGACGCGGCAAGCAAGGCGCAGGGUCGCAUCCAUGGCGAGGACAUGCGCACGUGGUUUCAAACGUACGCACUGAGCAUUGAGGUAUACAUCUGCGCCAAUAAAUUUCUGAUGAACGACUUCAAGGCUGCCAUCCGUCGCCGCUGCGUCGACAUGCUCGAAACGGCUGGCGGCGACGCCGCAACGCCUGAGGUCUUGCGUCUCUGCGCCGCGCUAUAUGCUGGAGUUCCUGAGUCAGACCUGCUGCUCAAGAUGGUCUUUGCGCGAAUCGGUUUCUUGCAGCCGCUCCUCUGGCAGAGGACGCCACAGGAAACGAGCGAGUUCCUCAUCGGCCACCCGGACGUCGCUGCGCUAGUGCUCAGGGAAGCGGCCCUGCGGAGGGAGGAAGACAUUGGGGGCCAGAGCCUGCCGAGCAUGGAGGUUGCGCCGCCACUGGGGCCGCCCCCUCCGCCGUUCGGGGGAGCAACAGUUGUGUAUCCCUAUGCCAGGGUCCAUCCUGGGCCGGCGAUAUGGGACUAG